GGGGUGAUUAGCGGCAGGUAGGCUGAUCGACUUAGAUUCGCAAGCGAGUGAGCAGCGGCGCUUUCGCGGUGCAGUCCGUUUGAGGCGGCUUUGGAGGGGCUCCUUUGGAGGGGCAUCUUUGGAGAGGCAUCUUUGGAAGGGCAUCUUUAACGGGGCAUCCUUAACGGGAUCGCUUCACUCCACACGUGAGUAGCCCCCUUUAGCGGUGCCCGCCGCCUCGCCGAGAGGGAGACCAGAAUAAGAACCCCAUUUGGGGAUAGCCCUCCCACACACCUCAUUAUAAGAAGCCAAAAUGAUCACCUCCAUCGAUGUGGUGCACGAGCUGCUGACGACGAUCUACAGCAGCAUAUUCUCUCGAAGCAGCAAAGACAUCCUCAAGUACGACGUGCUGCUCUACCUGGACGACCACUACUACUUUGACAUCGUGCGGAAAGUGAGCGAAGAUAUGAAGGAGUUAGAUCCUGAUGUGUGUGUCCUACAGGGGGAGGAUAACUUUAACCAAAUUUUCACGCACUUCAGUCGCAGCAGGAACUACAUCAUUAAGGAUAAAGCGUACGAAAAUGAGAGCGAGCGGAGGAUAGACUUCCUCCAUGAGGUGCUGGCCGACCUGUUGUGUUUGCUCUAUGAGAAGGGGAAAAAUGGCUCGAAGGAUGUGAGGGUCAUUACGAAGAGGGGGCACACAGAUAAGGAGAACAAAAAUUGGGAACUAAUAAAAGAGGAGUUAGCCGAGAUUGAAAAGUUACGUGGAGAGCAUAGAAAGGAGUCCGCAUCAGGGUCCCCCCCCGUGGACACGCUCACUACCAACCCAAGUGGAAAUCUAGACGAAACGUACAUCCGCCAAAUCCUGAGCAUCCCAAAGGAGCACUUCCAAAAUGAAGACAUCAUAAUAAAGCAAAGAGUAGACAAAGGGACAGAACAGAUGGUAAGCACACUGCUUGACCAUCUCAAUGGAGAAUACCAGCUGAGGUACUACUACCUCUUCCUAAAUAACUACCUGACCAUGCAAACGAUGUUCAUGUCCCCCUUAAUUGACUUAACCUCUGAGGAGUUAAAAAAAAUUGUAAACAGAAUUGUGCUCAUUAAAGGAAUGACCUACCGCCCUGUUACUGUAUACGACGUGCUUUCCUUUCAGUACAGCGACAUUUCAUUUUUUAAAUCUUCCCACAACAAUUUGGCUUCUCCAGUGAAGAAGGUAAAACUGGUGGGGGAGACCAUCGAACGGGGAGGCCUACCCACUACGUUUUCCAAGAAGGUCAUCAUGAAAGAUGUGAUCAGCGCGAACAUUUCUCUUAAGGAGAAGUACAACAAGGUGAAGCGCCACAACGAGGGGAACUUCGGGGGGCGGUACAAGGCUCGCAAUUACUACGACUCCGCCAGGAGGUAG